UUCUGCCGCUGCUUGUCCUGUCUGAUUAAUCAUUACCCCUACAUCAUAAAUCAGUUAUUCAUACAAAAUAACCUAUGAGAAAUAUAUGAAAUAUCCCCAACAUAGGAUUUACUAAGUUUAUGUAAUUAUUAUUGUAAAACUGCUCUCUGUUUUUAACAUCUUUUUCAUCAUGGCUUCCUGGCAAUGAUCUGAGAUUUGUUUCAGCCGAAAUGAAACUUUGAGUAUUAUAAAGAGACACAGAGAUCCGGUCAGUGAUGAGAGAUUCACUUCGAUGAGGAACUAAAGCAACUGCAGGUACAGUAAGAAACAGGAAAAGGUUUUGGAAGUACAUAUAGUUAAAAAUAUAUAAAAUACACCACCAAUAUAUCUAUAUUCACAACUAUGGCGACUUCCAGCAGUCUUCUGUGUGAAGAGCAGCUCCAGUGUGCAAUCUGUCUUGAUGUGUUCACCGAUCCAGUGUCUACUCCAUGUGGACACAACUUCUGUAUCUCCUGUCUCAAGGAAUGCUGGAAAAACAGUUCAUCCUGUCAGUGUCCAGUUUGUAAGCAGGACUUUGCUUCAAGGCCUGAGCUUCGUGUGAAUACAUUGAUCUCAGGACUGGCUGCUCAGUUCAGGAAUAAGGGUCAGGUGAAAUCCAGCAGCGCGGCGGAGCAGCUCGGCUCCGUGCGUACAAAGGUGUUGUGUGACUGCUGCAUGGGAGAAAAGCUGGAGGCUCUAAAGUCCUGUCUGGAUUGUGGUGUAUCUUACUGCAGCAUGCAUCUGAUGCCUCACAGAAGUGCUACAAAACUUAAAAAACACAAACUGAUGGAUGCUGUGAAGAAGCUGAAAGACUACAUCUGCCAGAAACAUGAGAGACCCCUGGAGCUGUACUGUAGAGAGGACCAGAUGUUUGUGUGUGUGUUCUGCGCUGAGGGAGACCACAGAACCCACAGCACUGUUCCUAUAGAGGAGGAGAGUCAAGCAAAGAAGGCUCAGCUCCGGAUGACACAAGCAGAAGUUCAGCAGAUCAUCCAGGGACGAAUGAUAAAGAUUCAGGAAAUCAAACACUCUGUAAAACUCCAGAAAAGAAACACAGAGAAGGACAAAGUAUGCAGUACGAAGGUGUUCGAAGAUCUGAAGUGCUGUGUGGAGAGGAAUCUGACUGCGCUGCUCGAGACAUUGAAGGAAAAGCAGAGAGCAGCAGAGUGCCAGGCUGAAGAGUUCAUCAAAGAGCUGGAGGAGGAAAUCACUGAGCUGGAGAGGACGGACGCUGCGCUGGAGCAGCUCUCACACACAGAUGAUCAUCUCCACUUCCUGCAGAUGUACUCAUGCAUAUGCAGCUCUAAACGCACCAGGAUCCAGAAGCGCCUGGGGUUUAACUGGGAGAUGAGUGGGGAGACGCUGAUGAGAGCUCUGUCUGAGCUUCAGAAAUAUCUCAAUAAGGAAAUGAUGAAACUUACAGAAAUUAAACUGAAGAACAUUCAGCAAUAUGCAGUGGACGUAACUCUGGACCCUGACACGCUUCAUCCUUACCUCACUUUGUCUGAAGAUAGAAAGCAAGUGGCAUGUGGAGACUGUCAGCAGAAUUACCCUGAUAACCCUGAGAGGUUUAAUCGCUGUCCCUGUGUCCUCGGGAUGGAGGGAUUCUCCUCAGGGAGAUCUUACUUUGAGGUCCAGGUCAGAGGGAAGACCAUGUGGGAUUUGGGAGUCGCCCGAGAGUCCGUUAUCAGAAAGGGAAAGAUUACAGCCUGCCCCGAGAAUGGAUACUGGUCUGUGUGUUUAAGGCAGGAGACGGAUUAUAAGGCUUGUGAGUCUCGUUGGAUUUCACUCUCUUUAAAACAGAAGCCUGAAAAGAUCGGGGUGUUCCUGGAUUACGAGGAGGGUCUCGUCUCCUUCUAUGAUGUAAAGACUAAGACGUGUAUCUAUUCUUUCACUGGCCAGUCUUUCUCUGAGAAACUUUAUCCGUAUUUUAGCCCCUGUCUCAGUGAUCAUGGUCGAAAUUCAGCACCUCUGGUUAUUAAACCUGUUAAAGAGUCUGAGGUCUAAAGACACUAAGAUUACCCCAACUCUUACACUAAUAUUAAUGUUAAACCGAAUUACGACUGUGACUAAAGAAAUAUUGAGUUAUAUUUAUUAUUAUGGAAUUGUUGUUUGUUAUUCUGAGGUGAAUCUAAAAAUAAGUGUACAGUAAGUGACGUCAUCCUUAGAAGAUUUGACUGGAUGAUUGUCUAUGAUUAUUUAACCCUGCUUUUUAAAAGGUUGCUUUUGGCACAUCUGCAAUUAAUGUCACUUGUAGACUGUAGCUGACUGUAAUAAUUGGUGAAUCGUGGCAGACCACACCAACUCCGUGUCAACACAUCAACAUCAACAGAAUGUGUAAUGAAAAUGAGAAAAACAAUGUAAAACAUCAGUGAAUAAAUAAAUAAAUAAAUAAAUAUUG